GCGGCAGGGCCGGAAGGAGCGCAGCUGGGGCCUCCGCGGCGGCGAAGGAGCUGUCGGCCACAGCUUCUGGAGAUUAAAAGCCCCGGCGACAGAAGCCGCCAAGCCCGCCUCGCGUGCCGGCGAGUUGAGUGGAGAAGCCUUUGGAACAGAUAGUCACCAUGUUCAGAUAUUAGCAAGCACGUGUGUGCGUGCGCGCCCGCAUUUGAAAAUGGCAGAGGGAAGUAACAAUGAAGAGGUGAUUCACUUGAACAACUUUCACUGCCACCAGGGACAAGACUGGAUCAGUCUCAGAGAGGGACCCAUCACCAUAUCUGAUGACUCCGAUGAGGAAGGAGUUCCAAUGAUGGUCACCCCAGCCCCUCCGCAGCAUGACGAAGAGGACCUGGAUGAUGAUGUCAUCCUGACAGAAACAACUAAACCUCAGACAACACGACCCAAUCUCAUCAAACCAGCUGCCCAGUGGCAAGAUCUCAAAAGUUUGGGAGAAGAAAGGCCUAAAAAGUCUAGAGCAGCUUUUGAAUCAAAUAAGAACAACUAUUUUUCAGUGUGUAACAGCUCAUUGUUUGAUUCUGGGACGCAGGGCGAUUCUGAGGAUGACUACGGGGAAUUUCUGAGUCUUGGGCCUCCUGGAGUUUCUGGAUUCAUUCAGCCAAGUGGCCAAACAGAAAGAGAACCCAAGGCUGGACCCAGUCGUAACCAAGCGGCCAGAGAUAUUGUCAACCCCGGAUCAGGGCCAAAAGUCUUCAUCUGGAGAAAAAGUGGCCUUAUUCCAGAUAGUGACCCUUUGGACACUCAGAACCAGUCAUCUGAGUCAUCUGAAGAUUCAGAGUCAGACCUGUUAUCAAACCUCGAAGAAUCAACCGCUAUCCUCGACGAUCAGGCCAUCGAAGAAGACUGCUGGUUAGACCACCCUUACUUCCAGCCUCUGAACCAGCAGCCCCGUGAGGUGACAAAUCAGGUGGUUCCUCAGGAGCGGCCGCCGGGGUCAGAGCUGGGCCCGCUGUUCUUCCAGCAUGAGGCCCUAGGGCUGGCUUUUCCAAGGCCCGCCUUCCCAAGACCAGGGCCCCAGCAGGAUGGGAUUCCAGGCCGCUCCUCUCCUCAGCCUGCCCAUCCUCUGGGAGAGCUGGAAGACCAACAGUUAGCAAUAGACGGUGACGAGCCAGGCCCAGCCUUUCCGCUCCAAGGGUCUCAGGAGCCCAAUUUGGAAAACCUUUGGCAGCAAGAAGCUACUGAGGUAGAUCAAGAAGCCGUUGCACUAUUAGUGAAAGAAACAGAAAUAAGAUUUCCAGAUGUAGCAACUGGAUAUAUUGAGGAAAUAAUUCAUUUGAAGAAUUACUAUGAUUUGAAUGUAAUUUGUAAUUUCCUUCUGGAAAAUCCAGAUUAUCCGAAGAGGGAAGACCGAGUGAUCACCAACCCCAGUAGCAGCCUGCUUGCCAGCCAGGACGAGGCGGAGUUGCCGGAGAUAGACUUUUUUGACUAUUCUCAGUUGGCUCCUCUUGACCAGCCCUGCUUCAUCCAGGCCGCCGACCUCCUGAUGGCCGACUUCAGAAUGCUCAGCAGCCAGGACAUCAAGUGGGCCCUGCACGAGCUCAAAGGGCACUAUGCAAUCACCCGAAAGGCCUUUUCUGAUGCCAUUAAAAAAUGGCAGGAGCUAUCUCCAGAAACCAGUGGAAAAAGAAAAAAGAGGAAAGAAAUGAAUCAGUAUUCUUACAUAGAUUUCAAGUUUGAACAAGGUGACAUAAAAAUAGAAAAGAGGAUGUUCUUUCUGGAAAAUAAGCGGCGGCACUGUAGGUCCUAUGAGCGGCGUGCCCUCCUUCCCGCUGUGCAGCAGGAGCAGGAGUUCUACGAGCAGAAAGUCAAGGAGAUGGCAGAGCAUGAAGACUUUUUGCUUGCUCUGCAGAUGAACGAAGAACAGUAUCAAAAGGAUGGCCAGCUGAUUGAGUGCCGCUGCUGCUAUGGGGAGUUUCCGUUCGAGGAGCUGACACAAUGUGCGGAUGCUCACUUGUUCUGCAAGGAGUGUCUCAUCAGAUAUGCCCAGGAGGCCGUCUUUGGAUCUGGAAAGUCAGAGCUCAGCUGCAUGGAAGGCAGCUGCACGUGUUCGUUCCCUACCAGUGAGCUGGAGAAGGUGCUUCCCCAGACCAUCCUGUACAAGUACUACGAGCGGAAAGCUGAGGAGGAAGUCGCCGCAGCCUAUGCUGAUGAGCUUGUCAGGUGCCCCUCCUGUAGCUUCCCCGCUCUGUUGGACAGUGAUGUGAAGAGGUUCAGCUGUCCCAAUCCUCGCUGCCGAAAGGAAACCUGUAGGAAGUGUCAGGGACUCUGGAAAGAGCACAACGGCCUCACCUGUGAAGAGCUGGCUGAAAAAGACGACAUCAAGUACCGCACGUCCAUCGAAGAAAAAAUGACUGCUGCUCGCAUUAGAAAAUGCCACAAAUGUGGGACCGGCCUCAUCAAAUCCGAAGGCUGCAACCGCAUGUCCUGCCGCUGUGGGGCCCAGAUGUGCUACCUCUGUCGCGUGUCCAUCAGUGGGUACGACCACUUCUGCCAGCACCCUCGCUCUCCAGGAGCCCCCUGCCAGGAGUGUUCGCGGUGCUCUCUCUGGACUGACCCCACGGAAGAUGAUGAGAAGCUAAUCGAGGAAAUCCAGAAGGAAGCCGAAGAGGAGCAGAAAAGAAAGAAUGGAGAGAACACCUUCAAACGCAUCGGGCCCCCCUUGGAGAAGCCUCCAGAGAAAGUCCAGAGGAUCGAAACCCUGCCAAGACCGGUCCCGCAGAACCUGCACCAGCCACAGAUCCCUCCCUACGCCUUUGUACACCCGCCCUUCCCCCUGCCGCCGGUUCGGCCCGUGUUCAACAAUUUCCCCCUCAACAUGGGUCCCAUCCCAGCGCCCUACGUGCCUCCUCUGCCCAACAUCCGGGUCAACUACGAGUUUGCCCCCGUCCACCUGCCCCUAGAGCACAACCUGCCCAUGCACUUUGGCCCCCAGCCGCGCCAUCGCUUCUGACGCCUGAGCCGUGCCCUUAUGCGGCGCUGUCCGAUUCCUAAUAAAGCUGAAGUAAGAAA